AGUACACGCACGUACAUCGCAACAGAGAGACGCGCGGACACAUAUAUUAUUGUUUACAAAUAAUGACGCGGAGCAUAUAAAUUAGUACAACUUUAAAAAAAGUGUUUUUUUAAUAUGUGAUAGUAGUUUUAAGUAAAUAUAAACUGUGAUAUUGUGUUACGAGCAUCAAAUUAUUAAAAAGAUGACUUUACAAUCAGAUGAAAAGAACGACUCGUCUCCGUUUUUAAAAAAUGGAUCAAAGCCAGUCAUCACAAACAAAAGUUCGAAUGCGAAGAAACAGCCUGAUCCAAGCAAGGCAGGCAGGGGGAAAGCUCUACGGCAAAUUGUCGCUGCCUUUAUCGUGAACUUGGGGACCAUCAAUACCGGCAUGGCCUUUGGUUUCUCCGCUACCGCAUUACCUCAACUGCAAAGUAAUACUUCAAGCAUACAAAUUACGGAAAAUCAAGCUAGUUGGAUAGCGAGUUUGAGCGCGGCUGGUACUCCUAUGGGAUGUAUUGUCAGCGGUUAUUUGAUGGACGCAAUUGGACGCCGAUUGACUCUCAUUUUGACUGAAAUUCCGCUGAUAACUGGUUGGGUACUGAUCGCGUCAGCGCAAAACGUCAAUAUGUUGUAUAUUGGCAGGCUGAUGAUAGGUUUCGGAUCGGGAAUGGUGGGCGCCCCGGCUCGAGUUUACACCGCCGAAGUGUCUCAGCCUCACCUCCGAGGUAUGCUGGGGGCGUUGGCUUCUGUUGGAGUCUCCACUGGUGUUUUGAUACAAUACGUGAUUGGAAGUGCUACAACAUGGAACAUCUUGGCUGGUAUUAGCGUGAUUGUACCAGUUCUCUCGCUCCUUGGAAUGUUAAUAUUGCCAGAGACCCCUAACUAUCUUUUAACCAAUGACAAGGCAGAUAAGGCUGAGAAAUCAUUGACGAAGCUAAGAGGUUCGACAUGCAACCUGAAUGAAGAAAUCCAAAGGAUGAUCACCUUUAAAGAGAAGAAUCGUGUCGAACCCUUGAAAACUCCACAAGAAAUCAUAAAGGCGUUGCUGUCGCCAUCCGCCUUGAAACCGUUCAGUAUUCUGGCGAUAUAUUUUUUCCUGUACCAGUGGUGUGGGGUCAACACCAUCACUUUCUACGCAGUUGAAAUCUUCAAAGCGUCAGGAGCAACACUAGAUAAAUACUUGCUUACGAUAUCGAUGGGUGUCAUCCGUGUCCUAUUCACGGUAGUCGGAUGUAUACUCUGUCGCCGAUGUGGACGAAGACCUCUCACUUUUGUUUCUGCGAUCGGUUGCGGCUCUACAAUGAUUACCCUCUCCGUGUAUAUGUACUUCGUUCACUACUGGAGGGAAAACAAUAUACCACCGUCUCACUCUUGGAUCCCAGUGGCCAGUAUCUUCAUAUUCACAAUCUCCUGCACCCUGGGCUACCUUAUCGUACCUUGGGUGAUGAUCGGAGAAGUUUAUCCGACACAGGUCCGUGGUAUAGUAGGUGGUCUGACGACUUGCGCUGCACAUUUGUCAGUAUUCUCCGUGGUGAAGACCUUCCCAUUGCUCAAACACGCUCUUAACGACUACGGUGUCUUCGCAUUGUACGGCACAAUGUCUAUCGCUGGUACCGUCUUCUAUUACUUCUUCUUGCCGGAAACCAAGGGACGGACACUUCAAGAGAUUGAAGAUUACUUCUGCGGCAGAACAAAAACACUUAAGAAAGCUUCCUUGACUGGUGCAGCGUGAAAUCAGCCAUGUGAUCACAGCAAAAAUUAUGAACUUUAUGUGAAUGAAAACUGAGUUAAUUUUGACUUUUUUCCUUUCGAACCACGCAUUAUAGCGGAAUUUUCAUUUUGGGUGUAGUAGUUGAUUUGAAUUACCAAAAAGAGAUUGAAUAUUAAAUUAGUAAGACAAAGCUUUUAGAUAUUAGUACAUUUAGAAAGUACUCGAAAGAUAUUUUUAAAUUAAGUUAAAAAAAAAGUCAGACGUGCCUUUGCCUAUGCCUUGAUUGUAGAUUUACUCAAAUUGUAAAGUUAUUUAGAAAAAUAUUUGGCUUAUAUUUAUUUUAUUAAAGAGUUGAUAUCUACUUACAAUUAUCCAACAAUAAGUACAAAAGAUGUACAUUUUAUUGGGAGCAACCUAGGAAUAUAGUCAUAAGCUGUAUUUGUAAUCUUUAUUUAAAAAUGUUACAUUUAUUGCUAUACUAAAAAUAUUUUUGUACAGAUUUACAAAUCAUUUUAAAAUGUGCCAUUUAACCCUAAAUUCUUAAUAAAACAGCUAUUAGGUAUUAUGGUAUAUAUAAAAUAAAAAAGUCACUAGUAUAGAUAGAAAAAAUUAUAUCAUUUUGAACUUUGUAUAUAGUUUAUUAAAGUAUAUUUCUAAUGAGAUGUCGAAUAUUACCUAAACAUUAAGUAUGGAUUUCGCAUUUUUGGUAAAUAACUUCGGCAGUUUUAAAAUCUGUGUUGUAUUUUUUAUAGGCUUUUGUAAUUAAUUAGUAUAUAUUACAAUAGUAUGUGACCCUUUAGAUUAUAAAGCAUUUUAUUUAUUUAUUGUUUAUAUUAAGCUGUAUUAUUUUUUGUGAAAUAACUUAAUUUAAGGAAGCAUUUUUGUGAUAGUGUUGUAGAUAUUAUUAAGAUUAGGUAUUAUAUGUACAAAUUGUUGAAUAUACCUAUGAUAAUAAAACGU